AUGAAAAAGCUUCCAGUCCGCGUCUUUGCCCUCGGCAUCAUGGCUACGGUGUUGGGCCUUGGACUCGCCACGGCUUCGUAUCCUGACAGCGUCAACGUGGUUACAGGCCGCCCUGGUCCGCUGGGAUGUGGAGCAAAGACUUCCACUUCUGUCCGCUUCCGGUCCUUGACGAUGCCGGGCAGCAAAUCGCUUGUGACCUACCGACGCUUUUCAAUCUCGACACUCAAGGUGACUGAUGCCGUAAAUGUGACUAAAAGGAUGUCAGCAACAGAUGUGGUGCAGUGCGCGAGGCUGGCCGCUAUGGAAGACAUGGCUGGGUUUUCUUUCAAUGGAACCUGCACAGCCUACAAAUUUGGCAAGAAAUUUUGCUCCUGUUCGACAGAAGAACCAGUCAUUUACGUGACCGACUCCAGCAUUUCCUACGGAACUCCCUCUAGUGUUCCUUUCAGCGCUGCUCCCUACGCCAACGUCACUGUUGAGAACACCGGAUUGAAGCAGUACAAGCUCGUGAAUUUCUUGAUGAAUGUCAUUCGAAACACAAUUGUACAGCCGACA